AGUACUUCUUCAUCGAUUGAUAAACAGUCAGUGCUGAUACUAGUCCUGAGCGCUCGGUAACCUAGCAUUUUUCGUCGCGUUGAUGUUGGGAUUCUGGGGUAAGUAGCAUAGUCUCGCUUACCAAUUGUAAACGAACCAGUAUUACCGAUUGGACCGGCCUCGGUCUUAGUGUAGAUGAAGAUAUAUAUUUUCAGUGUCUUUUUAAACUGUCACGAUGCUGCCCACAGACGAUGACAAGGAAAAUCUCCUCCUCUCAUGUCGAUACGACGAUCUCGACGAAAUCCAAGAUUUUGUAACAAAAUUCGGCCCAGAAGCCCUCUCCAGCGUCCGAGAUGACAACGGAAACACUGUGCUACACAUGACAUGCGGUAAUGGACACAUAGACGUGCUGAAUUAUCUUCUUCCCCUUAUCUCCCCUUCCAUCCUGUCUGCACAAAAUAGUGCUGGCUCGACUGCCUUGCACUGGGCAGCACUGAACCAGCAUCUCGAAGUAGCGCAGAAGCUGGUUCACUGUACUGGGGGACCAGGCGUUGAUCUGAUUGAUAUCAAAAAUACCGCCGGAAUAUCGCCCCUGGGUGAAGCCGAGAUGAUUGGGUGGGAUGAGGGCGCAAGGUGGCUUGUACAGGAGAUGAAACUCGAUGAAACAAGUAGCCAUGACGUCAAUGAUAGCAAAGAAGAUGGCCCCGUGGAAACUUCGCGGGAUAUAGAGGUGGAGAUCCGAGAUGCGGACGGUGAAGUGGCCAAGAUGACGAUAAGCGACAGCGAAUCCCCACUUGAUUCUGCCAUGAUCUAACAUUCACGUCAAGGCCUUGAUACCAUCAAAUCAAUCUGGCUGUGAACCCAAGAAACACCUGGUAUCAGCUGGUAUCGCCAGAGCAUUUCACUUUUGGACGAGCACUCGGUUCCACAGAAUUUCAGUUCUGAAGUCACACGAUAGUAGCCAUAUCGAAAGUUCUCCACAGAACAUGUUGAUUGGAUACUUGCAUGUAAUCACAUGAAACUUGCAACUGAAUUGAAGUUCAAAGUGUUCAUCGAUGCC